GUGGGAAUAUCCAAACAAGUCGUUUGUAACGGCGUCGUUCAUUGGCUGUCUGGCACUUCCGGCUUUCACGAUGUGCUACAGCUACUCUCGAAUUCUCUUCGUGGCGCUCAAAACGAGGCACAAACGCAUGAAGUGGAAGCCGAGAACGAAGGAAAGUCGAAUGUGGGAGAAGAAAGAGAUGAGACUUUUGAAAAUGACAGUCCUCAUGUGUAUCAGCUUCAUGCUGUGCUGGACACCCUACGCCGUCGUCGCCAUGAUCAAAUCCUACUCCAGUCACGUGACCUUGACGCCCUUGCUCUCCGCCUUGCCCGCGCUGGCUGCGAAGACGUCACACGUCCUUGACCCAGUCAUCUACUGCGCCAUGAACAGAAACUUUAACCGUUUCAUCCCCGACGCGCUCAGGAAGAAGCGGGAGACGGACCUGGAGUUGACCACCAUGAGUAUACCGCUUAAGAAUGUUGCACACGGCGCUACGUCCUCGGAGCCUUAGAGACCACACAGAUAAUAUUAAGAAUGAUAUUAUCAUGUCUGUUCUGAGAACUCUAACUUGCGUGCUUUGUUAAACGGCUGAUUGAUUGUUAAUGAUAAUGGUUGGCUGUUAACGAAUGCUGAUGGUUAGUUGGUUGGUUGGUUGUAAGGGCCAUCGGUUGGUUGUUAACGUUUAUGGCUGGUUGUUUUAACGUUGAUGGUUGGUUGUUUUAACGUUGAUGGUUGGUUGUUAGGGUAAACAGUUGAUUGUUAAAGUUUAUGGGUAGUCUGAGUGUUAACGUCUGUCGCUGGUUCACUUAACGUUGAUUGCCAGGGUUAACAGUUGAUUGUUGCAGGUAAUGGCUGAUUGUUAACGUAACGCAAUGGUGAAUUUUUAACGUUUCACCUCCCAUUUACUCAGUGUCCACAAUGGGGAAGGCGGGAUUUUUAACUCAUGCGCCUCCAGAGCCAUCCCGGGCUGAAUUGGAUACAGCCUUGUAGCAGAGAGACGGAGGAGCUCUGUAGAAUAAUAAUGAUAAUACAUUAUAUUUCU